UUCUUACAAGAACCUACCUACCUACUGAGUUCACACAGAAACUUGAAUUCACGGUGCUCAAACAAUUUUCGCUAUAAAUAAGUUUGUUCCUUUCCGACGAGAUGAUUCACCAAUUUCCUGCAAUGGAUCGUCGACUCAUGGAGGCAGUGGUAAAGGGCGAAGUUUUAGGCCUUCGCAGUUUAAUGGAAGAAGAUGAAAACAUCAUUAAACAAACAGUCCCAGGAUCGAUCAACACCGUACUUCACCUGGCUGCAAGAUUCGGGCACGAGGAAUUGGCAUCGGAGAUCAUAAAAUGGUGUCCAGAGAUGGUUUCAUUUGAAAAUGGAGAGCUGGAAACGCCACUGCAUGAAGCUUGCAGAGAAGGGCAUCUGGGGAUUGUCAAACUUCUUCUGGAAAGUGAUAAUUCGAUUGUUUAUAAACUGAAUUCUCGGGAACAAAGCCCCUUUUUCGCAGCUUGUGAGAGGGGGAAGAUUAAUGCAGUGAAGCAUCUGAUGAAUUUUCCUCUACUGGUUUUGCUGGAGGUGGAUAUGUUUACCAGUUCAAUUCAUGCUGCAGCUUCUUCCGGGCAUACAGAAAUAGUGAAGGAGAUAUUGAGAGCCCGACCAGACUUUGCUUUGAAAAAGGACCUUCAUGGGUGCACACCACUCCAUGUAGCAUGCAGCAAAGGCCAUUUAGAUAUAACAAGAGAAAUUCUAGAGCUGGAUUCAGAUCUCUCCUCUGUACAAGAUAGUGAAGGCAAAACACCCCUCCAUUAUGCAGCAAUUAAAGGCAGAAUAAACAUAAUCGAUGAAAUACUUUCUAAAAAUAUUGGAUCUGCUGAGAUGAUUACAUUCAAGGAGGAAACAAUUCUGCAUUUGGCUGUCAAAAAUAAUCACUUUGAAGUUGUUAAGUACUUAUUGGAGAAUUUUAACAUUUCAAAACUUCUUAACUUGCAUGAUAGUGAUGGGAACACUGUUUUGCACUUGGCUACUGCUGGAAAACUCACUGGGAUGGUUAUAUUCCUUCUUAAAUUUGGGAUGGAGGUAAAUUCUUUGAACCGCAAGGGGUACACAGCUUUGGAUGUGGUUGAAACAGAUGCAAGCAACUCUGGUGCUCUUGCAAUUGUACCAGCAUUACAAGCAGCCGGAGCAAAGAGAUGUGAUGAAUUAUCUGAUCGACUACAAGAUGUUCGACAAAUUGCUAAAUCCACCUCUAAAAGAUCAAGUGAAAUUGUUGCAAGGAUGAAUUCAUGGCCAAACAAGAACCUAGAAGCAUCACAUUCCUCUCUUCGGCAUCGUCAUCAUAAGCAAAACCGUCAACGAAGAAAGCAGCUUGAUCUCCAUAUCGAGAGUCUGAGAAAUGCUCGAAACACCAUAACAAUUGUUGCAGUUUUAAUAGCAACUGUGACAUUUGCAGCAGGCAUUAACCCUCCUGGGGGAUUUAAUCAAGAAACUGGAAAUGCAAGUCUUGGGAAGCAAACUUCUUUUAAGGUCUUUCUGGUAUGCAAUAUUGUUGCUUUAUUCCUUUCUAUUGGCAUUGUAAAUGUACUUGUGAGCAUUAUUCCUUUCAAGAGGAAAUCCAUGAUGAAAUUACUGACAAUAACUCACAAGAUAAUGUGGAUUUCCACCCUAUUUAUGGCAUCAGCUUUUAUUGCAGCCAUUUGGGCUAUAAUGCCAAAGGGAAAAGGUAAAAGAUUUGUUGAAGUGGAACUAGUAGUAAUAGGAGGAGGGUGCACAAUGACUGUUUUUUGUGGGCUUGGGAUAAUGUUGGCAAGGCAUUGGUAUAAGAAGCACAAAUGGAGGAAAGAAAAAGAGAAGAAUGUUAUGGAUAGAAGCCCGAAAAGUAAUAAUAGCCGCGUCGAAGAAUUGAAGACAAUCAGAAGAAGUUAUGAGACGAGUAGUAACUCUGACGUUGGUAGCUCUGAUUAUGGUUACCAUUUGUAUUAGGUAAAUGACUACUGUUAUCUUUAGGCACGUGCACAAGUAAGGAAUGAUUGAUCGACAAAGUAAGGAGGAAGAUGAAAUGAUGAUACAAUGAUACCUUUGUUUUCACUCUCAAGGGUGAUAUUGUUGAGCUCACCUCCUAUCGAGGAAUGUUUUUGAUUAUUGUCAUAUUGGCUCUCUCUCUCUCGUGCAUUCUUCGCCAUAGAUCUUGUCAUAGAUGCUAAUAAUAAGGUAGGAUGAAUAGUGCUAUUGUAUAGUUCUAAGCACUUGUAUAAUAAUUGUAGAUUUGUAUUAUAAAGAUACUGAAUAGAAAAUUGAUUUAUAAAUAAAGAUAUUUUGCGUCUU